AGCUCACGCAUGGAUUUGCAGAGAAAUUCACCAUCAUGGGGACCUUUAUGCACUUAUAUCCGACUUUUAAAACUUUUUUAAACGUUCGCUCAACUUAGCGAACGCUCUCAUUUGUAUUUUUUUGCUCACAUCAAACACUUAUUUCCGGCGUUGCUAUGUUUUUAGCCAGGAAACGUUUUUUCGAUUCUGCGGUGACCAGGACGUGUCACUGAUUAACUUUCCUAAGUUUAUAGAGGUGCCAUUCGUAAAAGAAAAAAUAAUUGGGAUAUCCAGAAGAAGAAAAAACGCGAAAUAGCGACGCUUGUCUAGUUUCAAGAUGACAGAACGGACCCCUCUUCUCCACUACCGCCUCUCCACCAGCGUCAAUGAAUCCGAGCAGUGGGCAUCUCCGUCCGGCCAGGUGCCAGAGGAGCAUCCGGUCACCCGGCGCCGGUUCUCCCACUCGAGUCAACCGAAAAAACUGUCCACCUUCUUCGGUGUGGUCAUCCCAACCUUGCUGUCAAUGUUCAGCGUGGUUGUAUUUCUGAGAAUCGGUUUCUUGGUUGGCCAGUCUGGACUGUACCAAGGAAUUGCCAUGUUUAUUGUGGCCUACUUCAUAAUCUGCAUGACUGUUUUGUCAGUAUGUGCCAUCUCCACAAAUGGAGCCCUAGAUGCUGGGGGGGCCUAUUAUAUGAUCAGCCGAGCGUUGGGCCCAGAAUUUGGUGGUAGUAUCGGAAUCAUGUUCUUCUUGGCUAAUGUGUGUGCUUGUGCUCUUUAUGUGCUGGGUUUAGUUGAAGCUGUUAUUGCCACCUUUGGAGUGCCAGAGGAUGGGGCACUAGCCACAUCUUCUUACCAGGUUCUGCAAUCAGGCUAUUGGUGGUCUAUGCUCUACGCCACAGUCAUCGCCCUUCUUUGUAUGCUUGUGUGCAUGGUCGGUGCUCACAUCUAUGCCAAGGCCACUUUCCUCACCUUCUUAGUGGUCAUGUUUGUCCUCGGCACAAUCUUCAUCAGCUUCUUUGCUGUACAUCCUCACACCAUCGUUCUGCCCAGUUCUGCCGACUCCAUCCCUACUGUAAAUGGAACGGGUCCCACCACAGCAAACUUUACCGGCUUCAAGUUGGACACCCUUCUAGGGAACCUGUGGGCUGACUACACUGUGGACUACACGACAGGAAAUUUGAUGACCUUUGCCACUGUUUUUGCUGUGAUGUUUAAUGGUUGCACUGGCAUCAUGGCGGGGUCCAACAUGUCAGGUGACCUCAAGAAUCCAAGCUACUCCAUUCCACGUGGUACUAUCACCGCCGUCAUCUUCACAUUCAUCAUCUACAACCUGCUCAGCCUCCUUGUGGCGUGCUCCUGUGACCGGGUGCUCCUUCAAAAGGAUUACAGUUUUCUGAGAGACAUCAACAUCUGGAACCCCUUUGUCACCAUCGGAGUUUACUCCUCCACACUUUCGGCAGCCAUGAGCAACCUCAUUGGGGCCUCACGCAUCCUCUAUGCAUUGGCCAGGGAUGACUUGUUUGGUAAGGUGUUGUCUCCUGCUAAGAAGACAUCCAGAAGUGGCAACCCAUGGGUUUCUGUGCUUAUUUCCUGGUUCCUUGUUCAACUGGUGCUGUUUUCUGGGAAGCUCAACACCAUUGCCAGUAUUGUGACCAUUUUCUUUCUGUUGGUUUAUGCUGCUGUGGACUUGGCAUGCCUCGCUCUGGAAUGGGCCUCUGCACCCAAUUUCAGGCCCACUUUUCGUUACUUCACCUGGCAUACGUGUGUGUUUGGCAUCGUGGGCUGUGCUGUCAUGAUGUUUCUCAUCAACUCAAUCUAUGCCUCGGCCAGCAUCGCUUUCAUGUUGCUGCUGCUUCUGCUGAUUCACUACCUCAGUCCAACCUCCAGCUGGGGCUACAUCAGCCAGGCUCUCAUUUUCCACCAGGUACGCAAGUAUUUGCUGAUGCUGGAUGUGAGAAAGGAUCAUGUCAAAUUCUGGAGGCCUCAAGUCCUGCUGAUGGUCUCCAACCCUCGCAGCAGUGUAGGCCUCAUCACCUUCAUCAACGAUAUUAAAAAGAGUGGACUCUACGUGCUGGGGCAUGUCCAACUUGGAGAUCUCAACACAUUACCCUCUGACCCUCUACAAUCCCAGUAUGCCUCUUGGCUGUCCCUGGUGGACUAUCUCAAUAUCAAGGCCUUUGUCAACCUGACGCUGGCUGAUUCAGUGCGCCAUGGAAUCCAACACCUUCUGUUCAUCUCUGGACUAGGUGGAAUGCGUCCCAACACCCUCAUCCUGGGUUUUUAUGAUGACAGCCUCCCAAAGGACAGCCUCUCUAAAAAUCAGUCCACAGAUUUUUCAUGCCCCUCUCAAGAUCUUGAGCAGCGCCCAAAACCGUUCCAUUUUGCUUCCCUUCGGUGCAGUAGCAGGGAUGCAAAUGAUGACGUACACGAUGGGAAGGUUUUGGGGCCCCGGGAGUAUGUAGCGAUCAUUGCAGAUGCCAUGAAAAUGUCGAAGAAUGUGGUUUUGGCCCGUUAUUUUAACAGUUUUGACCGAGCACAGGCUCUUUCAGCGGCCUCCUUCUCUCCAGGGAAGGGUUUUGUGUAUGUCGACGUCUGGCCAGUCAACCUUCUGCGUCCAGACAGCACAAAUUACGUGGAUACUUGCUCGCUGUUCUUGCUGCAGCUAGCUUGCAUCCUCAAUAUGGUGCGAGCCUGGCGCAAAGCUACAUUACGUCUCUUCCUAUGCGUGGAGGAGGGACGGAGCGUGAGAGGCUUAGAAGAGAAGCUUGGACAGCUGCUAAAAGAGCUAAGAAUUAAAGCUCAAAUCUACCCUGUGGCCUGGGACCAGCAAGUGGCGCUACACUGGCAGCGCCAAGGUGAAUGGGACAAGAGGCAAUCCUCACAUUCCCCUGAUACCAUCAAGGAAGAGAAGAAACUGGGAAAAGACGAGGAGGAGGAUGAAGAUAAUUACGCCAACAGCUUCCCGAGCAACACUACGCGGUUGUCUGAUGACUACCUGUCAGCCGUCAAUCAGCUGAUUCUAGACCAGGCCCGGCCUCCACCUGCUGUGCGCUUCCUAUACUUGCCGCACCCACCGGCUGACACUCGUCGCUACAAAUCUUACUUGCACCAGCUGGAGCUGCUGACUCACGACCUGGGCCCCACUUUGCUCAUUCACGGUGUGACGCCUGUCAUCACCACUGAUAUUUGAACACUCCCCUCUAUGCUUUGUGUGUUCUUGAUGGCUGCUGAAACUGUUGUCUGAUGCUGACUUCUCACUCAACUAGACUGGACAAACCAUUCUUGAAAUCCGACCAACAACUGAACAUCUCAAUAUGGACCAAACCGUAUUUUAUGCUUUUUGACUGAACACUGCGACAGCCGGUGAGAGACUGUGGAUAAGCCAGAUGUGGCCCAGGGUCCGUACUAUUCCCAGGUCUGUAAUAGGAUAUAGUAUUCAUAGGAAUUUUUUAAAUAAAGUUAAAAAGUAUUGAUAAUAAUUUUCAAUUGGCAUGUGAAGGAUGACACGAAAACACUAUAAUAAAUAUA